AUGGCGUGCCUGUGCAAACAGAUUGAUAACGCUGACAAGGUAUCCGCAUCAUCCUUGAACAAACAUCUAGAAGCUAUUCGCGCAAUUCUUGGCAGGAAUAAAGCCCUCGCCAAGGAAGUUCGGUAUCAGAUUAUUCCGAGUAAUCAGCGCACUGCGAAGAUUUUGUCGCUUCACUCCAUCACUUUUACUAAGAUCUCGGCAUUGCAUACGAGAUUUGAGAAUGACACUAAGGGCUUUUGGACGGCGGAGGGUGAUGGGCUACUCCAGGAAUUGCGACGACGAAUUGCCUGUGUCACGAUAUUUUUGAGGUCCAAGAUUAAUGAUGAUGCUUGGAUUGCGGAGGAUGUCGCUGAUGUCGUUAAAGGACGUACAUUGUCCGAGUUACGAUAUGCGGGCAGUAAGUAUAUCAAGAUUGCAAGACGAUUGGGUGGUGUUGGUUCUGUUCUUUGGUUACCUUUAGAAGUACCCGCUUCAACAUAUGAGAGGUAUCUCAAUAUGGAAGACAACGAAGCGUUCGAUCAUCUGCAGGGUAUCGGAGCCGAGGCACCUGAUUUGACGCUUUUCGUGCAGCGGCUCAUUACGGAGCAGCUUAAUGAUCCGUCGCUCACUUUGUCAUAUCGCAAUUUGCUGUCGGACUACAGCGACUGCUUUUUACCGUCCGACCAAGGUCUUCUUCUCAUUCUUGCCCUCGGUGGCAGUAAUGUUCCGGUUGAUCUUUUGAAGACUGUCAAGAUUCCUAUGCGACGUUGGACGGAUGGGGGAGAGAUACAGAGUAUUGCUGCUACCGACUUUGGGUUUAGCUCGGACCUGGUUGGAGUAUUGUCCAAUGAUGAAGUUUUGUCUCAGCUUGGACAACGACCUGAAGUCACGCAGCAAACACUAGAAGACGGCACAAUCACACUAUCUCUCCACCCUCAAGCCCAACAAGAUAUUUCAGAGCGUCUAUCACCACAGACAAUAGAAGACUGGGCAACAACAGCUCUCCGACUCCUCUGCUUCGCCUGUCCACCCUGCUACGAAGGAAAAGUCAACUGGCCCCUCCCUCUCAAAAAAGCAAUAUGGUCCCUCUUCGACAGUCUCACCUCCCAAAAACGCAUCCCGUCAUCCUUGCGAACAGCCAUAAUCGAAGCUCUCCUCUUCUUCUGCGAACGCGACCUCUUCACCAUCCGUCUAGCAGCCAUAACACGCGCCAAAUCCCUCCUUCGCAAAAACAUGUCUUUCUACUAUCAAGCUUCAGUGACACUAUUCGACAGUAUUAUUUCUGGCAAAGAUGGUAGCUAUGAGCGGUCAGACGCUAUUAUCAAUGAGUUUUUGAACGCGGAGAUGGAGGUGACGACGAGAUCUGAUAACGCGCUCAAGGGAAGACUGCAUAUUUCUAGCAUCGAGAAUAAGAUCCAUCGUCACGAGACGAUUGCAGGGUGUUGCGGCGAAGUUCUUUCAUUCCAUUGGGGAUUUCAAGACAACGCGAGCGAGUUUGGAACAGCAUUUGUGGCUGAAUUCCACUAUGCCGAUUAG